CUCUUCACCUCAUACAAGGAAGUACUACAAAAAAGAAAGUAGAAAACAUAAUAGUUUUAGUCCCCUUAAUCGGUGGGACCCACUUUGUCCAUUUUCAUUGCACAACACAAUCUCAAUGAGUGUUUGUAUAGUUGCUUCAUCUAAAAGGGUUCUCAAAAAAAGUGCCACAAAUAGACAAAUCCAAAUGCUAGUCACAUGGGAAGAAAGGAUAUGGUUCUAGAGAGAGAAACUGUGAAAAAGGGUUUUCUAGAGAGAGAAAAAAGUUUGUUUGUUUUCUGCUUUGGAAUUCGUUGUAGCAUUGUUGGGUGAUUUCGAAAAGCUAUCUUUUGAGGUGGGGUUGUUGCAAAAUUUGCAAUUUGUUUCUUCUAUGUUCAGAUUUUGGGAAAUUUUGAGAAACCCUAAUUUUGGUGGGUGAAGUGUUUUGUGGAUUUAGAUUUCUUGAGAAUCUGAGUUGAGUUGGGUAGGAUUGGAUCUGUGAAAAUAGUGAGGUUUUCGCUUUGAAUUUUGUUGAUUUUUUCGUUAAUUUCUAGAGCUGCUGGUUUUUCUUCAUUGCAUGUGGAUUUGGAGAAACUGAAAUGAAGUUCGUCAACUAGGGCAUUUUGGCUGAAGAAACAUGUUACUUCAUGAAUUUGUUUACAGUAUGCAGGAGCUAGCCAUUUAUAAUGGUGGGGUGGCAACAGGUAGACCAGUAAUAGAAGCUGUGAAGUGAAACUGCACUAGUCAGCAACAAAAUGGAACAUUUAUGUGAUGAUAACUUUGAAGGAUCUAAUGAAGAAAGACAGAUUUUUACAGAGGUCUUUUUUGGUGAUGACACUUUUCAGUCUAAUCAGAGGCGUGUUAUUUCUGGAGCCAUCAACCUUGAACAUGAAUCCACGAAAAACACAUUUAAGUCAUUUGGCUCUAGUAAUGAAAACUCGGUCAUAUGGCGUCCCUCAUCUUCAAGAUUUAUCCAUCCCGAGGAGGACAUUAAUGCAAUUCAGCAUUCCAAUGAGACUGCUCUGGGAUGUUUGCCAGAGAGUUUAACUUGUGAAGAUCAGAAUGAUGAGAAUGUAAAUGUCAAACGUAUGAAAUUUUCUCUGCACGAACUUCCUUGUAGUAGAUCUAAUUCAGAUGUUUUGGGUUCAUCUGGAAUUCCAAAAGUAGUAAUUUCCAACCUGACUUGUGCUGCUACAGACUGUGAUAGUGACUCGAUUGCAUUUCGUACAGUUGAAUCUUCUAAACACGGUGUGAUAUCUAGUUGCUAUCUAUUGAAGCAUAACUUGGUACAGAAAAUUCAUGCUUCUAAUGACGAUGCAGAUGUUACAAAUUGUAAAUCUAAAACAGAAGAUGGGAACAUCCCAAAGGAGGUGUCUGUAAGUAAGUCAGUUGCUUCUCCUGUAUCCCAGGAGAGCUCGGCAAGCAGGCUAGUAGUAACGAGUCCAUCAAUCACUGUUGUGAAGAAGUCCGAGUCUCCCUUAAGAACUGAGGAAAUGCCUGAAGGGUUUCAAUCUUCUAAUAUGGUUAUCUCAAAUUCAUUGUCCCAGCUGGACCAAGAGGAUCCCCGUCCCUUACUGCAGUUUCAUAUCGUGCAGUUGCUUACGAUGUCAGGAUGGUCUAUUGGGAAGCAUCAACGGCCUUCUAGACGGUGGAUGGAGUCAUUCUACAAGACACCAAAGGGAAAAAUUAUGCGGGAAUUUACAAAAGUUUGGAGAUUAUGUGGCCAACUUUUGUCUGUUGAAAAGUGCAAUGUAACAUAUGGAGGCCGUAAAGAAUGGACCAAUAUUAGCGAUUUUUGGUCCGAUCUAUCGAGUGCACUGAAAAAUGUUGAAAAAUUAAAAAACCAGCCAGAGACCGCUGCUAUGUUGGCUUAUCAAUGGUGGAUUAUGGAUCCUUUUGUAGUAGUUAUACAUUUUGAUAGAAAGGUCGGUGCUCUGAAAAGGGGAGAAGAGGUUAUAAAAGCAAGCUGUAGUUUAGUUUCUAGUAAGGGUAAAAUGGCAUAUUCUUCAAAAAAAAAGGGUAAAAUGGCAUAUGCUCCAGUUGAUUCAGCCUUGGAGAAUACGUCUCACACUCUUUCUGAACAAAAGCACGACCAAGCCAUUUUCUGCGACUCUUCAACAGCCACCAGAACCACAGAAAUAUCUGCUUUUAUGAUAAACAGUCAUGCUUGUAAACAGACAUCCGACGGUAACCAAGAAGAUAUGUAUGUCGAAGAACAUAAACCAAACAUCAUAGAAAACCGAUUAAUGGAAAUGUCAGUGAGCAAAAGUAGUAUGGAUCUAGCCUCUUUACCUGCUUGUGCAUUGGGUAGCACUGUUACCCAUUCAAGUGCUUCCUCUUUUGAUGUUCUUACAAGCUCUGGAAAUUUGGACUUGGAAUCUAAAGUAAAUGCUGUUCAUCAAGCUAAACUUAGAAAUUCUAAAAGCUCUGAUAAGCACGCAUCAGAAAAUCGGUCCGAAUGCAGUGAGGAAGAGGGGAGGAAAAUCUCAAUGGCUUCUGUUUUUGGGAAAGAUAGUACAUGGUCUUCCUCUAAUGGUAUUCUUAAAAAGAAAAUGCGGAAGAAGUGCAAAAGGAUAUCUCAGAUCAAACCGAGUAUGUUACACCACAGUGACAUACUGGGAUCAACUGUUACUGAUCAGGUGCAGUCACUGAAUGGUGAUGUAUGUGGCACUCAGACUGUGUUGGAAGAAGUUCAAGAUUAUGUAGUUGACAGUGUGGGAAAAAAAAAGAACAAGAAGAAGUUAUCAGGCAGUGCAAACCAGCGACAUAUUAAGAAAACAAACUACUCUACUACUAAAACAAAUAAGUCCAAUAGAUGCCAUAUUGAAGAUGACGAUCUAUUAGUGUCAGCAAUACUCAAGAAUAAGGACUUCAACCCAAAGAUAAUGCGAGGUAAAUCUAGAGCUAAAUCCGGCAAAUCAAGGGGUUUGAGAAAGCUUAAAAGCCAUAAAGGCCGUUGCAGGUUGCUUCCAAGGAAUCCUUGUAAUGGAGGGAAGCACAAUAUGGAUGGGAAGAAGUAUUAUCUUGGGGAAAGGACUCUCUUGUCCUGGUUGAUUGAGAAUGAGGUCAUAUGUUUAAAUGACAUCAUUCAAUACCGAAACUCUAAAGAUAAUUCUGUCACUAAGGAUGGCAAGAUCACCAAAGACGGUAUUGUUUGUAAGUGUUGCGGUAAGGUGCUUACAUUAUCAGAGUUCAAGAUUCAUGCUGGGUUUACACUGAGUCGCCCUUGCUUGAAUCUUUUCAUGAAGUCUGGUGAGCCCUUUACACUUUGCCUCCUUCAAGCUUGGUCAGCUGAAUACAAAGCCAGGAAAAGUCAAAAUCAAGCUGGGAACAUUGUUGAUAAUGACAGAAAUGAUGAUUCGUGCGGGUUGUGUGGUGAGGGAGGUGAGCUGAUAUGCUGUGAUAACUGUCCAUCUACUUUUCACCUGGCUUGUUUGUCCGCUCAGGAGAUCCCCGAUGGCAACUGGUACUGCAUAAACUGCACUUGUCGGAUUUGUGGAAAUUUGGUCAUUGAUAAAGAGGUUUCAGAUGCACAUGAUUCAUCGCAAUGUUCACAAUGCGAACAUAAAUAUCACAAGAAAUGCCUCGGAGAAAGAGAUAAACAAGAAGGAGCUGUUUCAGACACUUGGUUUUGUAGUCAAAGUUGUCGGGAGGUAUACUGUACUCUUCAAUCUCAGGUUGGGCUAGUUAAUCAAGUUGCUGAUGGCUUCGACUGGACGCUUCUUAGAUGCAUACAUGAUGACCAGAAGGUUCAUUCUGCUCAGUGGUUUGCCCUAAAGGCAGUAUGCAAUACAAAAUUAGCUGUUGCCCUUACAAUCAUGGAGGAGUGUUUCGUGUCAAUGUUAGAUCUAAGAACAGGCAUCCACAUGAUACCCCAAGUUUUAUUCAAUUGGGGGUCUGAUUUUGCUCGUCUGAAUUUUCAAGGGUUUUACACAGUGGUGUUGGAAAAACAGGAUGUGUUAAUAUCUGUAGCAUCCAUCAGAGUGCACGGGACUACCGUUGCAGAGAUGCCUCUAAUUGCAACUUGCAGUCGGUAUCGUCGCCAAGGAAUGUGCCGACGCCUCGUGAGCUCAAUCGAAGAGAUGUUAAUAUCUGUCAAGGUAGAAAAGCUUGUGGUAUCAGCCAUUCCGGAUUUGGUGGAGACUUGGACCAAGGGCUUUGGAUUCGUGCCUGUAGGCGACACUGAAAAACGAAGGUUAAAGAAAAACAACUUAAUGGUUUUUCCUGGAACAGUGUUACUUGAAAAAUCCUUGUAUGGCAAGAAGAAAGAUGAAGGACUGUGUGAUCAAUCAACUUUAGCAACAGAUGAAUCGUUCAAAGCAGGUAUCUGUUCUGAAGGAAUGGACAUAUCCGAAUCAUUGCCGCUAGAUGUUGGGAACGUAGCUACCAACGAAGUUGGUGCUAAGUCAGAGUGUGAACCUGUGGACUGCAAAAAUCAACCAGACAAUAGGGCCGACAGUGAAAUCAGCAGAGAUGAUAAUAUUCUAGCCGUUGAAAUUGCAUUAGGAGACAAAGAAUCAACAGAGACAAGUAGGUCUUUCGGUGAAGAGAAAAUCACCCCUUUUGAAGGAAACAAUGUGGAGGUACCAAGAACAAGUGCCAAUAAAGAUGGCACUGAAUCUGGUGGAAGAGUUUUUGAGGACAAGAAUAUCAAUAUAGGUGAAGUAAAGGAAAAUGAUAUGCAUGAACAUGUUUCAAAUGUGUCGUGCAAGACAUUUUCAGGCAACAAUUUUGACACAGUAUCUAAUUUUGAAUGUUCAGCGAUGUAUGAUGAAACCGUUAUUUUUGGUUCACUAGCAAACUCUGCAAAUUAGAGAAAUGGUGUGAUGCUCUUAAUAUGCAUGUUAUUGGUCAUUUUUUCUUUUUGGGUUUCAAUAGGACCCAAUUAAAAAAAAGAAAAAUACAUUGGAAGCGUGAAAUGAAAUCUGUUCUAACUUGGUGAA